AUGCCAAGUCGAAAAUAUGCAGUUGGUUCGAGCAGCUCAUCAGCACAAUAUCAUCGUUUAAGUUCUUCAAAAAAAGACGGAUAUAAUGAUUUGCAGUUUGAACGUCCAGCUCCUAAAAUACCCUAUAAGGCAAUAGCAUUAGCUACCACACUAUUUCUAGUUGGUUCAGGGUUGAUUAUUAUUGGUGCCUUGCUGUUCACAGGAUACAUUAAUGCAAAGUAUUCUGACAGAACAUGGCCAUUGUUACUAAUUGGAUCAUUAAUGUUCAUACCUGGUGCUUAUCAUGUCCGCAUUGCUUAUUAUGCUUAUAAAGAUUAUGAUGGUUAUUCUUAUGAAGAUAUUCCAGAAUUUGAUUAA